AUGGCUUCCUACUAUUAUCAGCAACCACAAGGUGGGUAUGUUAAUGAACUUGACUUAAACUCGUUGUUGAAUUUGUUACACCAAGAACAGUUCAAUCAGCAUAGAAAUCAAAUACCUCACCAUUAUUAUAAUCACCGCCCACAACACCGGCAACAACACCAGCAACAACAACAACAACACCAGCACCAGAAACAACAACGGGCACAGCAGCCUUUAAUUCAUUACUAUUCUCCACGGCCACUGCAAUUGCAAAUACAACCAUACAAACAGCAACAGCCAAGUGCUAGACCAAGAGUAGUCAAGAAAUUAGAAACUGAAGAUGAGUAUCAAAUCCAAAUUUACAAACCAUAUGGUAAUUUCAAUAACUACGAAGUACAAGUAGUCAAGGCUCAACCUCCAUUGAUCAAGAUUGUUAUUCUGGCACCAGCGGAUAAUUUCAAGAUUUCAAACACAUUCAAUUUGAACUAUAUCGAUAUUGAGAAUAUCAAUUGGAGGUGGUACAAACUGGAGAAUAUCUUGUGCUUAAACAUCCCCAAGAAGUUGCAUUAUAUCCACUCAAGUAUUGAGGAUAUUUUCAAUUGCUUGUUUGGUGGUAGCGGUAUUACCGAUGACGAUGCUAAUGCCGUUGCUAAUGCUGAUGAGGAUGCUGAUGAGGAUGAGUAUGAGUAUGAGGAACCUGUAGAGUUGCAUUUAUUAGAAGAUGCUAAAGGGGACAGCAAACAGAAUGACGAGGUGGAGCUGGGUAAUUUAGAAGAGUAUGAAAGACUUUUGCAAGAAGCAGCAGAAGCUUUGAAACAAAAGAAGCAAAAGAAGAAGCAACAGAGACAACAAAAGGACAAAUCUGGUGUUGCCAACGGUUCUCAUCCUGGAUUUUCGAAACUCGAACAGGAUGAAGAGGAUAGAUUGGAAGAUCACGAGAAGUUAUUAGAAGACGCUGCAAAUGCCUUGAAACAAAAGAAGGAUAAGAAUAACAAACCUGAUGCUGCUGUUGCUACAUCUUCUGAUGUCAGUGCUGAAGACAAAAAGGCUAAAGAGCUUGAGUAUAAAGCAGCAGAGGAAGCAGCAGCCUUGGCACGCAAGAAGCAAGAAGUAGAGGAAAAGAAUGCAUUGAAAGAGAAUAAGGCAUUAGAGGGAAACAAGUCAUUAGAGGAAAAGAAGCGCGAGUUUGCCCAAAAACAAAAGGAAACCGAGGAAAGGAUCAAGCAAGCACAACUAGAAUUGGAGAGAUUGGUAAAGCAACAAGAAGAGUUGGAAAAAGAAUCUGGAAAUAGAAAAGAUGGUUUGAAGCAAGUUGAAGCUAAAGCUGAAGCUGAUCAAGAACAAGAACAAGAUCAAGAUCAAGAGAAGCCAAGUACUCAAAAAAAAGAGCAAUUGGCAAUUAAAGAUGAAAACAAGCAGAGACAAAUCGAUGAAAUAAGGAAACAACAGCAACUACAACAGCAAGAGCUAUUAAACCAAUUUUUUGGCUUUAACUUAGGUCCUGUAUUAACUGAUUGUUUGCCAAAACCUCAGGAUAACUCUAUUAAGCAGACGAAGAAAAAACAAGUACAAGAAAUUGCAACUAAUUUGGUACCAAAAGAAGAAACAGGUACUACCACCUCAAUGCUAAAGUCUAAUUCCAAAGAAAAUGAGUCAAAAACUCCCAAUGUAAAACAAAGUCUUAAAGACACGGCUAGAGCUAAUAGUGGAAAAAUCAAAAGACGCGAAUCACCUCUUUUGGAAGAUGUCGAGGAUGAAGAGUCUGUAUUGUGGAGGAAAAAAUUUGAUCAUUGA